CCCAUAAUUAGAAUCCUCGAGCUUUCUACACUACCUUCGCAAUAAAAUUUAUAUUUACCUAAAAAAAUUAAUAAUAAUAAUUCAAAAAGCAUUUCAACGGUUCUCUAGCUUCCUAUUUAUGAUUUAUUAGCCCAACUGUUAGAGGGUUUGUUUUUGGGUAGAACCCAACUAAAGUUGAGAUUUUUAGGGUUUUGGGGACCAGACAUGACGAAGUUCAACGAGAUUCAGAAGAAGAGGAGAGCUCAAUCCCAAGAGAAGAAGCGGUUAGUUCAUGGCGACCCAAUGACAAGGAAGCUCAAGAACAAGCCCCAGCCACAGUCCAUCUCCGGCAAGCGCAAGAGGAAGCUCUUUAAGAAAUGGCGAAUGGAACAGAAGAACCUUCUUCAGAAGGGUGUCGUCACCAUGGGAGAUGUUGAGAUGGCUCUUGCCGAAGGGACAUCUGAAGAUACCAAGAAGACAUCGAAAAAAUUUCACUUGAAGAAGAAUGCAAAGCUUAAAAUUAAAUCGAAAAGUAAAGCUAAGAAGCAAAAAAGAUCACCUGCACCAGUUGUGGAGGCUCCAGUUGAUGUGAUGAUGGAGUAACUAGUGAAGGGACGGUGCAUAUGUAACACACUAUGCCUUUGACCUUGUGAGCAAUGGACGAAAUGAAGCAAUGGUGGAGGCGUUUACUUUAGGUUUUUUUUUUCGAAGUUUUCAAAGAAAGUUGGAUUUUUUAAGAUCCACCUAGAAAUUUAUAGUAAAAUAGUUAUAAAAUUUUGUGGACAAAUAGACCCAAGGUCCCCAAAAAAUGUUGUAGGUGAACCUCUUUUAAAAAAAGCAAUAUCUUUAAUUAAAGUUUCGAAGUUAUAAAAA